ACGACAACAUGGCGGCCUCCUUGCGUUUGGGUCGUCAAGGGAUAUUAUUUGGCCUUAAAUUAUCUAAUGUUAAUACAUGUUUAUGUGCUCCGCACCCAUGGCAGGAGCAUGUCAGACACUUCUUUCGGUCCCCAUGGAUCCUCGGUGUCAGUCCAGUCCAAGUGCAAAUGCCCGCACUCUCCCCCACCAUGGAGGAGGGAAACAUAGUGAAAUGGUUGAAGAAGGAAGGUGAAGCAGUGGCAGCGGGUGAUGCCCUUUGUGAGAUUGAGACCGACAAGGCUGUUGUCACCCUGGAAUCUAAUGACGAUGGUGUCAUGGCAAAGAUAUUGAUGGAGGAGGGAAGUCGCAACGUGCCCCUUGGCACUCUCAUUGCCCUCAUGGUGGAGGAAGGGCAGGACUGGAAGCAGGUUGAGAUGCCCCCUCCAGAUGCUGCAGCUCCACCUGCAGCUCCACCUGCUCCAGAGGCAGCCGCGGCUCCGGUUGUGCCUCCUGCUGCCCCCUCUCCAGUUACUCCCCCAAAACGGGCCACGUCGGGACCGUUGCGUCUGAGUCCAGCUGCCAGACAUAUCCUGGACACCCAUGGUUUAGAACCUAAACUGGCCACAGCCACAGGACCAAGAGGACUUAUCACCAAGGAGGAUGCAUUGAAUCUCUUGAAGAUAUCUCCCGCCGCCAAAGCAGCUCCAGCCCCCGCUGCCCCGAGUCCGGCCCCCACCCCGGCAGCUGCCCCCCCGCCCCCAGGCAGCAGACCCAACAUCCCUCCUCUCUCUGUACCAGGGAAACCAGGAGCACCGGGCACUUUCACUGAGAUCCCCGCCUCGAAUGUCCGUCGCAUUAUUGCUCAAAGGCUAACGCAAUCGAAGACAACCAUCCCCCAUUCGUAUGCGUCCGUAGACUGUGACAUGGCGGCGGUCAUGAGUCUCCGCAAAGACUUGGCCCGAGAUCAAAUCAAAGUGUCUGUUAAUGAUUUCAUUAUCAAAGCAGCUGCUGUAACACUUAAAGAGAUGCCAGAGGUGAAUGUGACUUGGUCUGGCGAGGGACCCCGCGCGCUUCAUUCAGUCCACAUUUCAAUCGCUGUGGCCACUGACAAAGGCCUCAUUACCCCCAUCAUCAGGGAUGCUGCAAACAAAGGAGUGCAGGAGAUCUCAGCUAACAUCAAGGCUCUGGCCCAGAAGGCUCGAGAUGGGAAACUUCUGCCUGAAGAAUACCAGGGAGGCUCAUUCAGUAUAUCUAACCUGGGGAUGUUCGGUAUCAGUGGCUUCAGCGCCGUGAUCAACCCUCCUCAGGCGUGCAUCCUUGCGGUCGGUACCUCCAGGUCCGAGCUGCGACUGUGCGAGGAUAGCCAGACCCUGCGCACCCAGCAGCUGAUGACAGUCACACUGUCCAGUGACGGAAGAAUGGUGGAUGACGAAUUAGCCUCACGGUUUCUCAAUAAAUUCCGCAGCAACCUAGAAAAACCACAACGCAUGGCCCUAGCCUGAAAUAUAUAUAAAGUGAGAUAGCUGUUUGAAAGGGAUUCUAAGGUCAUAGCAAAAGAAACCUGCAUGACAAAGCCUGUGUCAUGCUCUUAAAAAGCUCAUUCACGAUCAUGCUUGGAUUAAGGCUUACAAAGUAGGCAUGUAUAUAGUGUAAACGUGUGUUGUUGGCUUACUACUGAUUUAAAAUGACCAGGCUUUGUGAUGCAGGAGUUCAAUUUGGAUUUUGCUAAGAGUGGUAGAGGAUUCUUGCCACUGUGCCAAAUAUAAGGGCAGAGGUGGCAUACUGUAAAAGGGGUGGUUUUUCAAUCACACCAGUGUUGUGUAUAUAUGAAGAGGUUAUUCCACUUCAAGUUCUUUUCUUCAGAACCUUUUCAUCUACUUUGUCACUAUUAAUGCACAUGCAAGUGGUUCUGCAACAUAAAAAUAUAUUUAUCAUUGAACAUCUGUAGCAAUUCAGCUUCCGAUAAGGAUAAACCUGAAUGAACCAUUUCCUGCUGUUACAUAAUUCAUGUUCAAGAACUUAAUGAUUGUUCAUAUUAAUACAUGUUAACUUAUUUAAAACAGAUUGUUUGACACUUCUUAAAUUGAAUCUCAAGUCCAUGUGUAUACAAAAUAAAUACAAUCAUUUAGGUUUUGAUUUCCCUUAGAUGCCAAUAAAUCACUUGUUAUUCCUUGA